AAUCCUGGUUCCCUUUCGCGUGGUCUGCGGAGGCUGCGCCAGGUGGGGCCCGAAGUCGCCUGCCACGCCAGGCUGUCCCCGCGGCCGUCCGGCCUUCCUUCCGCCUGCCCGCCGGCCCUCCCGCUCGCUCUAGGAGUUAACCAAGCCGCAAUGAAGAGCUUCUUACAGUAAAAGGAAAGUAGGUUGCGGCCACUGAAAAUGCCUUUAAGGGAUAAAUACUGUCAGACUGACCACCAUCAUCACGGAUGCUGUGAACCAGUUUAUAUCCUGGAACCUGGAGAUCCUCCUUUGUUACAGCAACCACUACAGACAUCCAAAUCUGGUAUUCAGCAAAUAAUUGAGUGCUUUCGAUCAGGAACUAAACAACUUAAGCAUAUUUUAUUAAAAGAUGUGGACACUAUUUUUGAAUGUAAAUUAUGCCGCAGUCUCUUCAGAGGAUUACCAAAUUUAAUUACUCAUAAAAAAUUCUACUGCCCACCAAGUCUCCAGAUGGAUGACAACCUUCCUGAUAUAAAUGAUAAACAAAGCCAAGCCAUAAAUGAUCUCCUAGAAGCCAUAUAUCCAAGUGUAGACAAGCGAGAAUAUAUUAUUAAGCUGGAACCCAUAGAAACAAAUCAGAAUGCAGUGUUUCAAUAUAUUUCAAGGACUGAUAAUCCCUCUGAAGUCACAGAGUCAAGCAGCACUCCUGAACAAACCGAAGUUCAAAUACAGGAAACUAGCACUGAACAGUCUAAAACAGUAUCAGUUCCAGAUACAGAGGUGGAAACUGUAGAGCCUCCUCCUGUUGAGAUUGUCGCAGAUGAAGUUGCACUUACAUCUGAUGAACCACCUCAGGAAUCACAGGCUGACUUGGAAACUUCUGACAGUUCUGAUUUUGGUCACCAGUUGAUAUGUUGUCUUUGUAGAAAAGAAUUCAAUUCCAGACGAGGUGUUCGUCGUCAUAUUCGAAAAGUACACAAGAAAAAGAUGGAAGAACUAAAAAAGUACAUUGAAACACGAAAGAAUCCAAACCAAUCCUCUAAAGGACGGAGUAAGAACGUUCUAGUUCCAUUAAGUAGGAGUUGUCCAGUAUGCUGUAAAUCAUUUGCUACGAAAGCAAAUGUAAGGAGGCAUUUUGAUGAAGUUCAUAGAGGACUAAGGAGGGAUUCAAUUACUCCUGAUAUAGCAACAAAGCCUGGGCAACCUUUGUUCCUGGAUUCUGUUUCUUCUAAAAAAUCUUUUAAGACUCGAAAACAAAAGUCGUCUUCAAAGGCUGAAUACAAUUUAACUGCAUGCAAAUGUCUUCUUUGCAAGAGGAAAUAUAGUUCACAAAUAAUGCUUAAAAGACAUAUGCAAAUUGUCCACAAGAUAACUCUUUCUGGAACAAACUCUAAAAGAGAGAAAGGCCCUAAUAAUACUGCCAACAGUACGGAAAUAAAAGUUAAAGUUGAACCAGCAGAUUCUGUAGAAUCUUCACCCCCUUCCAUUACCCAUUCUCCACAGAAUGAAUUAAAGGGAACAAAUCAUUCAAAUGAAAAAAAGAACACACCGGCAGCACAGAAAAAUAAAGUUAAACAAGACUCUGAAAGCCCUAAAUCAACUAGUCUGUCUGCUGCAGGUGGCCAGCAAAAAACCAGGAAACCAAAACUUUCAGCUGGCUUUGACUUUAAGCAGCUUUACUGUAAACUUUGUAAACGUCAGUUUACUUCCAAACAGAACUUGACUAAACACAUUGAGUUGCACACAGAUGGAAAUAACAUUUAUGUUAAAUUCUACAAGUGUCCUCUUUGCACUUACGAAACUCGUCGGAAGCGUGAUGUGAUACGACAUAUAACUGUGGUUCAUAAAAAGUCAUCCCGCUAUCUUGGGAAAAUAACUGCCAGUUUAGAGAUCAGAGCUAUUAAAAAGCCCAUUGAUUUUGUUCUAAAUAAAGUGGCAAAAAGAGGCCCUUCGAGGGACGAAGCAAAACAUAGUGAUUCAAAACAUGAUGGCACUUCUAACUCUCCUAGUAAAAAGUAUGAAGUAGCUGACGUUGGUAUUGAAGUAAAAGUCACAAAAAACUUUUCUCUUCACAGAUGCAAUAAAUGUGGAAAGGCAUUUGCCAAAAAGACUUACCUUGAACAUCAUAAGAAAACUCAUAAGGCAAAUGCUUCCAAUUCACCUGAAGGAAACAAAACCAAAGGCCGAAGUACAAGAUCUAAGGCUCUUGUCUGCCUCGGGAAGCCGUCGCCCCUCAGCGCCGCCGCCCUGCGCCCGGCCGCCUCCGGGAGCCGCUGUCCGCCGGCGGGCGCCGUCACCACGCGCCAGGCCGCCGCCAGCUGCCGCGCCAAGCUUCGCGGCGGAGCCGCGCGGGAGCGCCAGCACGCGGCACGGGGCCUCGGGAAGCCCGCGCCCCAGUGAGCGCCGCCGCCCAGCGGCCGGCGGGUUUCCCCAUCGCUCCGCACAGCUCGGUGUACCUCAGGCAGCUCGCCACGUCUGGCCGUUUCAGGCAUCCUGUCGCCGCCUCUCUUCCUUGCCAGCUCCUCCAAACCCUCAGAACGCUCGGAAAUCCGCUCCGUCAUCAGCGAACUUCUGCAUUCUCAUGUAUUCUCAGACCUUCUUUCGUCCUCUUGCUUUAACUGAUCUGGUUUACCCCAAAACUCUUUCCCACAAAGCCCCUCAAGAGGACCAUGUGCCUUAGGGCCAGCGGGUGGGGAGGAUGGCCUCCUUGCUAAUCAUUGCUACCUGCAGAGCAUUACUUCCUCAUCCUGCCUGUCGAAACCCCAGCUUCUUUGAAAAUCAUGCCACUGGACAAUGCCAUUCUCUUUUUCUCUUCCUCGCAAUUUACUGACUUCCAUUUUUGUUGUUUGAAGAUUGGUUCCUACUUUAGUCUUCUUCCCCACCUCAAACCCUGUCAUCAACAAGUUAGUUAACCCCUCUCCCAAGACACUACUUCUAUCUGCAAGAACAAUGUUGAAGUAACUACAAAUCUCCAGUGACUAUGGGGUGAUUGAUACAACCUGGAGUUGGGUAAUGCACUACUGUGGUUGAACUUGAACUCUCCAACAUCCAGUCCCCUCCUUGUAAUUUCAUCUCCAGUAACCAUUUCUUCCCUUCUGAAUCAGCCCUUGCUCCCACAGUUCUAGACUUUGUCAUCAUUAGAAACAGCGUCAUCACUAGAAUUCUUUCCGUGGUUACCAUGGGACUGAUUUUCAGCUCUACUGUAGGGAGCAUAGUUGACUGACAACUCCCAUUGUGGCCCCAGUGACCACUGGGUUUGGUCUGAGGCCAUGCCACCCCUGGCUACUCCCAGUCCAUGAAUGAGCACAGCCAGGUAUUAGUGAUAGUCCAUUCCUGUGAGACUCAUGAGACCUGGGACCUCUCUAAAUAAGCAACUUUGGCAUGGGCACUCCUCAGCAGCCUGGUCAAAACUUUGGUAGCACUGUAUGCAGUCUGAGGUUCUUCUUUCCCAAUGUUCCCUCCUUCCUCCUUUGACAGGUAUCAGCUCUGCAUUAUUGUAUGAAGGCCCCAGCCCUGGCCCUCUUCAGCUACUACUUUUGUCCAUCUAUCCUUCACAGGUGUUCCCUCAAUAAAACUCUUGCACAUUGAACCCUGUCUUGGUGUCUUCUUCUAGGAGAGCCCUGACUAAAACAAUAUUCGACAUUCCAUCCUUUAAUCACCAUCUUUCUAUCCUUCUGGGUACCCUAGACCCUGACAUGAUUUUUCAGUGUCAUUGGGACAACUAAUUCAUUGACCUCAUUUUUUUCAAUAUCCAUCAGUCCCUCUCUUGGAUUCACUUCCUUCCUUGUCUAGCCUAGUUACCAUGACCCAUCAAAUCAUUCUUGAUAUGCAGUACUCGCAGCACUCUUGAACCUCAAUUUCUUCCAGUUUACUUUCAUGGCAAAAUCCUAACCCUGGAUAAACCUUGCCACCUGCCUUCCUUGGGCCUGAUUGGGACAACUGAAGGUUUUAUUUAAGAAAAAUCAUGUAACCCAGCCAACUAAUUUUACUUUUAAUCCAUUAUGUCAAACCUCAAAUUGGUGCUAUUGUUCCUUUCAUAGUUUCCGUUUCCCACUUCAAAAUCUUUAUGCUGUUUCAUCUGUCAUCAAAAUUUUCUCAUUCCCUCUUCCCUGUUGAUAUUUCCCUGAGAAAAUAGAAGAGAUCACAUACAAAGUUCUUCAUCUUCCCAUCACAAAGACCCACCAACUCAGCUGCCUUGGUAAUCAUCAUCUUCCUUUCUAUGAUAAUGGAGGAAGCUUCAAAGGCCAGCACCUUCUCUUGUGUUCUGCAUCCCACCCUCUCAAGCCUUUUUAAGGACUUUGCUUCCUGGGUUUUCCCUCUUUCUUUUUUUCCUACAUCAUCACUUUCUUCCUUUCUAAUGGAUCAUUCUCAUCAGCCUGAAAACAUGUUCCAAUGUCCUCCACCUUAACCAAACCUCCCUUGUCUGCAUCCACCUCCAUCUUUUGGCAAUUUCUCAGGUCUCCUUCAUAAUCAAACUUCUUUAUAGAGCUGUCUUCAUAUGUUGUCUCCUUUUCUCAUCUUCAAUCCGGAACAAUGUGAACUGCCCCUCCCCGCAAAGUACCCUUGUUAAUAUUACCCAUCCCAAAAGGGUACAUUCCCAUCUUCAUCCUGAUCGCUUCCUGCUUCUUUAAAUGUUCUUCUCUGGAUUCUUUCCUGGAUUUCCCACUGAUUCAUUGACUGGGCCUCAGUUUUAUGCUUCAUCCCCUUCUGCUUAACUCUGAAAGUUGGGGUUUCUCAGGGCUCCAUCCAGUCCUUUUUUUCUUUCUAUGUUCUCUUCCAGUAUGAUCUCAUAAAUUUCCUUGGACUUGUUAUCAUCUUUAUGCUAAUGAGUUUCAAACUUGUUUUCCACCUAGACCUUUCCUUUAAGUUCUAGACUCACCUAUCGGCUUCAUGUCUUCCUCUGAUGACUCUUAGAUAUCUCAAACUUAACAUGCCCAAAAUCGAAUUCAGCAUUCACACCUCCAAACCCAUUUCCCCUCACCUUCCCUAUCACAAUAAAUAACACCACAACCCACCAAUUACUCAAGACAGAAUCUUGGAAGUCAUCAUUGAUUCUUCUCAUGCCCUCUCCCCCACAUCAACUGUAUCAGCAUGAUCUAUCAGUUUUGUCACCCAAAUACAUCUUUAAUCAUCUUCUCUCAAGCUCCAAUACCAUUACUUAGUCCUCACCAAUAUUUUUUCUCACCUGACUGUUGUGACAGCCAAUUCUUAUCUGGUAUCUCUGCUUGUACUCUUGACCCACUUCAACAUGCUCUUGAUAGAGCAGUAACAAUAACCUUACUUGUAACUCAAAUCAAGUAAAUUCUUGCUUGUAGGAUAAAAUCUGAACCCCUUCCCAUGACUCACAACCCUGCACAUUCUGACCCUUACUUCUCUCCAACCCUAUCUUAUGCUUCUCUCUUCAUUGCCCACUAUUAUGCAGCCACACUGAUUCCUCCAACAUGCCAAGUUCUUUUCUGCACUUUAGGGGCUUAGCAAAUUCUGUCUCUCUGCUUAGGCUGCUCUCCAUAACCAUCCUCUCCCUCACCCCUUUAGAAAACAGCUUAAUUACAAAGUCUUGAGUAAAGUCUUUUCAGAGCACCUGAUUGAAAGUUGUCCUGUCCCCUCUUCUUCUAUUUGCCAUCUCAGUCUUUGUUUCCAUCGUUACUCUCAUCCUUCAUCUCAAUUUGUAACUUUAUUUAUUUGUUUACUCACUUACUUCUUGCUCUUUUUCCCAUAUUAGAUGUAUGAUGGUAGAGACUGUACCUGGAUAUCUUGAUCCUUCAACAUUGUAUUUCCAGUCCCUAGCAUGAUUCUUGGCACAUAUUAGGUGCACAAUAAAUAUCUGUUGAAGGAAUGAAUGAAUGCAUUUGCUAUUUUUUUAUGUUGGGGGUUCAUUUUUAUUGAUCUGUAAAAGCUCUUUUUAUGUUAAGACCGUUAACCAUUUGUGCAGAUUAUUUUGCUUCUUGUCAUAUAUUUACCCAUUUAAUUUAUGAUGUCUUUGAUAUACAGAAAUAUUCCAUUUUUCAUUUAGAGAAAUCUAUCUGUUCUUUCAUAAUUUCUGCCUUUGGUGAUAUGUUUACAAAGGUCUUCUCUACCCCAUGUUACAUAAAAAUUCACCUUGUUUAUCUUAAAAUUUUUUUGGCUUAAAU